AUGACAUUCAAAAAAGCAAAACCUGGGCCCUUAAGGCGGCAGGCGGGAAUGUGGAUCUGCGCCGGCCCCCGGGAAGGCCUGCACCCCCACAACACCAACUCAAGGAAGAGAAAAGGAUUAUUAUCCGGCUAA